CCGGAGAAACCGCCUUAUUCCUACAUCGCCCUCAUCGUCAUGGCCAUCCAGAGCUCACCCUCCAAGCGCCUGACCCUCAGCGAGAUCUACCAGUUCUUGCAGAGCCGCUUCCCCUUCUUCCGAGGCUCCUACCAGGGCUGGAAAAACUCGGUGCGCCACAACCUCUCGCUCAACGAGUGCUUCAUCAAGCUGCCCAAAGGGCUGGGGCGCCCCGGGAAGGGCCACUACUGGACCAUCGACCCGGCCAGCGAGUUCAUGUUCGAGGAGGGCUCGUUUCGCCGCCGACCCCGCGGGUUCCGG